UAGAGAAGCCCGAGACCCCGCACAGCCAAAAAUAAAUAAAUAAAUUUAAAACAAAAAACAAAAGCAGUUACUCCAAAGAAAGGACAGUCCUUGACUUUCCACCAAUGAAUACACAUUCCUUUUUUUUUUAAAUCGUGCUGUGGACUAGCAAAAAUGUCACACUGGGGAUGCCUCUGCUUCUAAUGCAUCCAAAACAUUUGAGGGCAGAACCCAAAGGAAUGGACUUAGGUAUAUAUAGCAAGAGGGAGUUAAGUUAGAGCCAAGAAAGAACUCUCCUUCUUUGGAGAUCUUUAAAGAGCAGGUGAGUACUGCAUUUGCUUAGAACGUGAGGGUUGCAGGAUCAGCUCCAUGGACUGGGGAGGCCAGUAGCUCUGGGUUCCGCCUCAGAGAAGGACCAAUCCUCAGAUCCACCAGGGGAGCCUUGGAACCUAAAACAGUCCCUUCAGGCAGCCAUUUUCUGCCCGGAGUUCAUGGAGCUUGAUAGGUGGUCCCAUGGUAGUGGGGGGGCCUCCAGGGGCCUCUGUCACCCUUCACUACAGGGAGUCCGUGUAGUCACCCACUGUUGGGCUGCACCCUGCAGGCCUGUAAGCCUUAUAGUUGCCCAGCCUUAGACUGAAGAAAGAGCCCGGGACAGCAACAGAGACAUUCAUGGUGCCGAAUUCAUGCCGGCGAGGCAGUAUAAGAACAGCCCACAGGGUUAAUAUAAUGGUGCCUUUCUCCAGUGGGAGCCUGGAUUAACUACCUUAGUAGUCUUAGGUGGGGCCAGGUAUAAACCAGGUGAAAUCUGUAAAUCCCUUUCCAAUCCUAUUCCCCAUGGGACAGCAAACGCAAACCACCAGAGAUUUACCUGCCAGUCCCAGGACUAUUUGAUAGUGUGUUCCUCUGGGGGUAGAUCCUGUAGCGAAGGUAGCGAAGGCAAAAGUGAGUUACUGUCCUGAGAGAUAGUUGGCAGCGGUCUUUCGGUGGUCAACAGUUGAACUUGGAUUGUAUUGACUAGUUGCCUCUGGGUUAACAUGGCCCUGGGAUGAUUGCUCCUGGGAUGUUCAGCUACAGUUCAUAGAGCUUGAGUGAACCUCUGGUCCACCUGUUGAGAGAGCGGGUUUUCAUCUCAAUUGUUAAGUAAUCCUUUCAUCCUUUCCAUUAGCCUGGCAGCAGUGGGGUCGUAAAGCAGGUGGAAAUGCCAGUGUGUGUCAUUUUUAUCAGCCCAUUCCUGAACUUCAUGACUGGUAAAGUGGAUUCCUUUGUCACUAUUGAUGUCCGUGGGGUCCUGUAUACACACAGCUGUCCUAGACCCCAAAUAGUGGUUUUUUGCAUCGCUAGAUGACUCGGGUAGGCCUUUUGUAAUGUCUUCCACCUGUUGUAAGCUGCAUAUAGCUGUUGUUCCAUCAUACUGUAUAUCAUUGCUCUGCCUGCUUCCAUAGCAGGGGUCAGAAGCCCAAGGGUACUCUUAUUUUGCUGUAGCACAGGCCCCAACCAAACUUUUCCAGGUUACUGGCCAUGUCCAAUUCACAAGACUGUCCCUGAAUUAAUAUCCCCUAAAGCCUGUGUCUAAUUGUUUAGGGGUGAGAGGCUGGGGGUACGCUUGUCUUUUGUAGAUAAUCCAGGUCCUUGCGUUUGGUCUGUAUUCACCAGCCAUCCCCGUGCAGUCAGAUGAGCCACCAGCAUAGGGCUGCUACUUUUAAACUGGAAAGAAGCUCUGAAGUUAACAGAGUGGAAGAGAAUCAAUAUAAUGGAAGAGAAAGACACCUCUCAUGGUAGUCAGCUGCCACAGGGCCCCAUAGGCUAGUGGACGGCCACCUCAGGAUCACCCCUGCAACCUUCCAUUCCCUGUCCUUACUUCACGACAUCUCGGUAGCUUCUUCAGCCUCCUGGCCGGCUCCCCAGUCGUUGGGCUGCACCGUGCAGUCCUGAAAGCCUUGUAGUUGCCCAGCCUCAAGAUUGAAGAAAGAGUCUGGAGACAGCGACAAAGACAUCAGUGGUUUAUUGGACAGGGGCGUCUUAAGCAAAAGGUUAAGACCCACCGAUUAUGGCAACACCCCACCGAUUAUGGCUGGCAGGCAGGCAGGCCAUGGCAGAAAUCUUCGCUACUCGGGGGGAGAAGGAGGCUACUAUUUAUAGGGAGAAUUGACGUCAGGUUGGCUUAUCAGUUACCAGGGAAACCAGCUGGGGCACAUCCGUCACAGCCCCUCAGAUUAACGACCAUCACGAGGGCAGAUGUUUCCCUUUAAUAAAUUAGCAGGUAGAGCAGGGAUUAAAUCAGUCGCUAGCUGGGGCAGGGGGCAAACAUGUUCACAUGAGUAGGGCGCGGGUGGAACGGACUGGUCGAGCAGAGGAUGUACUAAGAGCAAGAGAACAGCCAUCUUGAAUGGCCUGACCAUACAUCCACCUUGGGGCUGUGUAGAGUGCCAGGAAUGACCCUUGAGGAGGGCUGGGGAUGGGAGGGAAGAAAGGAAGAGAAUGGCCCCCGGGAAUGUUGCCUGCAGCCUAGGGUGACAUGGACGAAGGCUCUGAGUGGACAGACCUGGCUGGCUGCAGCAUCCGUGGGGAUGCCGUUUCCCUAUUUCCCCACCUCCUGCAAACCCAGGUGCAGCCCACGGCCCAGAGCCUUCCAAUAGGAGCUCAAGACCAGGCAGCUGAAGCCCUGUUCUGGUGCAUCUACGCUCAGUGCUGGCUCUGGGUCUGAGCCUGGCUUGGGCUCCUCCCUGCUCUGUACCGGAAGUCCUCAAAGAAUGACAGAAGUCAUAACUUGAGCAUCUACUAAGUGCAGGACUCUGUGCUGGAUGUUGGAGACGCAGAGACAACUGCCCUCAGGAGCUUUUGGUCAACAGAGUUCUGGUUCCGGAAGGCCUUUGCUAGGUGCCUCGGGCAUGUGCUGCAUCCCCCAGCGCCUGGGGCAAAUGGACAUCUGCAAAGGUGUAGUGAGCCUGGCCACAGCCGCUGGGGCCAUCUACCUGCUCUACAAGGCCAUCAGGGCCGGCAUAAGAUGUCAACCGCCCCUCUGCUCUGCCUCACCCAUCUGCGUCGCCCGCCUGGCAAUCGAGCGAGAGCAGCGCGGGCGGGACUCAGGUGAGCUCCGGAGGCUCCUCAACUCCUUGGAGUGCAAACAGGAUGAGUACGCCAAGAGCAUGAUCCUGCACAGUAUCACGCGCUGCGUGUACUUGCUGGAGUCCGAGGCCUCUACGUGUACUAAUGAUGACAUCAUGUUGGUGGGCUCCAUGCUGGAUGACAAGGACAACAGUGUCAAAAUCCAAGCUCUGAACACACUUAAAGCUUUCUCUGGCAUCAGAAAAUUCAGGCUGAAAAUCCAGGAACACUCCAUCAAGGUGCUGGAACUGAUCUCCACCAUCUGGGACUCGGAGCUGCACAUUGCAGGCCUCAGACUCUUCAACAACCUCCCACUGCCUGACUUUGCACAUCCACAGCUGCGACGGGUGAUGCCUGCCUUGAUGGAGAUCCUGCAGUCAGACUACAUUCUGGCACAGGUGCAAGCCGCGCAAUUGCUGAGCAACCUGGCGCAGAAGAACGACCUUCUCUAUGAUAUUCUCAACUGCCAGGUACACUCCAACUUCCUGAACCUGUUCCAGUCCGCACAGCCCGGGAGUCUGCUGCAUGAAGUACUGGUGUUUGCAGAGCGGCUGAGUGAGGGCCGGAGUUCACCCCACUACCGCGCCGUGAAGUGGCAUUACAAUGAGCAGUCUGUGCACGAAGCUCUCUUUGGGGAUGACUCACGACUGGCAGACCGGCUGCUUGCCCUGGUCAUCCACCCUGAGGAGGAUAUUCAGAUCCAGGCCUGCAAAGUCAUAGUCAGCCUGCAGUGCCCACAGGAUGUGGGAGUCCGGCCCUCCUGCCCGCCCAGUCACUCCUGCUUUAAUAAUGCGGAAUAAAAUUAUGGAGAGCCAAUAAAUGAGUAUGGGAGAGAAGCUUGAGGGGCAGUGCAGUGUCUCUCCAGGGCCUUCCAGGGUGGGUGUAGAUUUCAGCCAGCAUAACUUCCUGUCAAAGUGUGGGCCUGUCUCCCCAAACGCAUUCCCUGUUUAGUGGACAGACUCCCUUCUCUUGCUGCUUUUAUUUAUUUAUUUUUUUGAGUGAUAAUUUUUAUUGGAGCAUAGCUGAUUUAUAAUUUUGU